UCAGACGAGGCAUGAGGCUCACGCCGCACACGCGCGCGCGCGCGCGCGCGCACACCAGUUUCAGCACGGUGAGUUAUCGAGCGUAACGUCUUGAGCGCCCGUUGUGACAACCUGCACUCCAAAACUCACACGGCGCUGUGUGCGCUGCGUGCCUCCAUCUCUUCUGCAGUGAACAAUGUGCACUACGUUCGAUUUGUAGAGUCUGCUCGCAUGCGCUACGGAGAAGUGUUGGCCUCCAGAUUGACGUCGCAGAGGGCACAAGACAUCGUCAAGGGAACAGGCAAAGGGAUGAUCUUGGCAAAGAUUUCAGUCAAGUACAUUCGACCCGUCACUUAUCCCGACACUCUGUUGAUCGGCACUCGUCCAGUAUUGCCGCUGCAAGGCUCGGACAGGUUCACGCUGCAAGCCAACAUCGUCAGCUUGAAGCAGCAAGCGCUCGUAGCUACGGCCGAUCAGCUGUGCGUCAGCUACGAUUACCCUGCGCUCACCAAGUGCGACUUGCCUCGAGAUCUCAAGGACGAGAUCGAGAAGAGCGGCGCGGGCGCGGGCGCGGGCGCGGCACCGUGAAGCAGCUGGCUGUGGGAUGCAGGCUAUGCAUUCGUCCCAUAGUCACGUGAUCUUUUUGAGAAGAAUGUUUUCGCCCUCGUGUCCACGCGCGCGCCCGCCCGAGCACGAUCCGCGGCGGCGAUAUGAUGGCGAUGGCACCACAGCCAGCGCCCCGGCCCCCACCCCCCACCCCGCACUUUUUGUCAGCUUUCAUCGUACGGGCCGCGCCCGCCUGCAUCCCAUUCCAAGCAACGCGCGCAUAUAAAAGUCAUUCGAAUGAUCCUCGGACUGAUGGCCUUGAUCUGUGAGAGGCGCUCGCGCGUCGCUUUGAUGGCCAGGCGAGGCGAGG